CUUACUUUGUAACUCUCUCUCUCUCUCUCUACUGUGAGAGAUAACCAACUCCCACGCUAUGAGCUCAGUGUCCCUUUGCUUUCUCCCGUACUCUUCUCCACCGUAAAGUCCCUUCUCCCUCCCCCCAUUUCCCCGAAUCCUCCUCGAAUCCCUCUCAAACCCUCAUCAGAUCGCUCUUCCGAUCGGAUUUCUCCGAAAUUUUCCCCAUUUUGUCCCAUUUUUUCCGGAUUUUUUGAUCGAUUUUUCAUGGAGAUGCUUCAGAUCGCUCUCUCGAUCGCGAUUUUAGCUCUAAACUUGGUUUCUUCACGAUCGGCUACGACGCCGCCGCUCAAUUGCUCCGACACGGGGCGCCUCUGCACCUCCUUCAUCGCCUUCAAGGUGGAUCUGAACGUAACCCUGGCGAGGAUCGAGAGCAUGUUCGACGUGCUCGCCGAGGACGUCACCGCGGACGCGAUCAGCAGCCCCGGCUACGUGUUCGUGCGCAAGAACUGCUCCUGCCUCUACUCGAAGAAGUACCUCACCAACACCACCCUCACCGUCCCCGUCGCCGAGGUGGGGGAGCCCGCGGCUCCGAUCGUCGCGGCGGCGUACGGGGCGCUCGCUUUCCUGCCCAACUCGACCAGGGGGUCGGGGGCGGGGGCGCGCGCCGGCGCCGUCGUCGCGCUCCACCUCUUCUGCGGCUGCUCCAGCGGGCUCUGGAACUACCUCAUGAGCUACGCCAUGGAGGAGGGCGACACCGUGGAGUCGCUCUCGAGCAGGUUCGGGGUGAGCAUGGAUAGUAUAGAGACGGCGAACGGGUUGGCGGGGCCCGAUGAUGCGGUCGCGGGCCAGGUUUACUACAUUCCGCUCAAUUCCGUCCCCGGAGAGCCUUAUUUAGGAAUGUCUCCUGCUCCAGCUCCUGCACCUUUGCCUUCCCCUAACACAAUCUUCGAUAAACCAGAACAUCCUGCAAAAUUUCCUUAUGGAUGGGUUAUUGGUAGCAUGGGAAUCGCUCUUGCUCUAAUUGUUGUAGCUCUCCUUUCAGUCAUUUCAUUCAAAUUCUUAAAUUCUCACUCCAGACGUUCAAGCAAUCACAUGAAGGAUCAUGAUCAACCUAUCUCUCAUAAAUUUCAUAUCCUUAAAAGUAGCAGCUUCUGUGGCUCUGGGAGAUACUUCUGCUGUAAAUUUGGAAAUACAAAUCCAUCAGAUGGGGAUGCAGGCAACCACCAUAUCAAUAUUCCAAAAGGCAUGGUAGCUGAAGCAUUUGAUAUGGAGAAGCCUAUCGUAUUUACACAUGAAGAGGUUUUUUAUUCAACCAAUUCAUUUUCUGAUUCAAAUCUACUUGGUCAUGGGACAUAUGGCUCUGUUUAUUAUGGAGUUCUUCGAGACCAGGAGGUAGCGAUAAAGAGAAUGACUGCUACCAAAACUAAGGAAUUUACAGCCGAAAUGAAAGUUCUUUGCAAGGUUCAUCAUGCAAGUCUGGUAGAAUUGAUUGGCUAUGCAGCGAGUGAUGAUGAGCUCUUCCUUGUUUAUGAGUAUGCUCAAAAAGGUUCACUCAAAAAUCAUCUCCACGAUCCACUAAAUAAGGGCAAUACAUCGUUAUCUUGGAUCUCUAGGGUGCAAAUAGCAUUAGAUGCUGCUAGAGGUCUUGAGUAUAUUCAUGAGCACACAAAGAAUCAUUAUGUGCAUAGAGACAUCAAAACAAGCAACAUCCUCCUUGAUAGUUCUUUAAGAGCCAAGAUAUCUGAUUUUGGGCUUGCAAAGCUUGUUGCAAAAGCUGGUGAAGGAGAAGCUUCCGCUACAAAAGUUGUGGGUACUUUUGGCUAUUUGGCUCCAGAGUAUUUGCGUGAUGGCCUGGCAACUACAAAAAGUGAUGUCUAUGCAUUUGGUGUUGUGCUUUUUGAGCUAAUAUCUGGAAAAGAAGCAAUUACGAGGACUGAAGGAAGGAUCUUAACACAUACUGAAAGACGUUCAUUAGCAUCAAUUAUGUUGACUGCACUAAGAAACUCCCCAAAUUCAAUGUCUAUGGCCAGCUUGAAAGAGUGCAUUGAUCCUAACUUGAUGGACUUAUAUCCACAUGACUGUGUAUUUAAGGUGGCCAUGUUGGCGAAGCAAUGUGUGGACGAAGAUCCUAUCCUCCGGCCCGAUAUGAAGCAGGUGGUAAUAUCCCUAUCCCAGAUACUCUUGUCCUCUGUGGAGUGGGAAGCGGCGCUUGCCGGAAACAGCCAAAUUUUCAGCGGCCUUGUGCAAGGAAGGUGAUGCAGAGCUGAUUCCUGUACUACUAUUUAUGUGGCUUUUCUUCAUUGCCGUUUGUUAAUCCUUUUGAAGUACAUAUGUUAUUUACCGUUGGCUUGCUGUCUCAUUUCUUCUGUAUUUUGAGUGGAAAAUUUUUCUCUAGAAUCGCGUAUUCUUUUUCACGUAAUAUAUACAUAUGAGACUUACUUUUGUUGGCUUAGUAUGGCAUGUAAAAUUCUGUUUCUUUGCGAAACAUCUGUACUAUGUAUUGUUAAAUUAGUAAGCCAUCCAUUUGGCCAGCUGUUGCUGUGAGUGUACAA